CUGUACUAUUCUCGCGAGAUUACCCCACAGGAAGACACGAAGAAGGCGAAGGUCAGGAAUUAAACAUGGCAGCCCGCAGUAUGUUGAGGUCUGUCUGGACCUCAUUUGCGGGCUUGAAAUUGGGUGCCACGGGCAGCAAUGUGAUUUUCCAACAGCGGACAAAUGUUCCCCAGCUAUCGACUUUAACUAUCCAGAGCCGAGGCAUCCGUCAAGUGGUGGAACAGCAGGAGGGUAAAACUACCACAAUUGAGGGACAAAUACUAAACAUUCCAGCGACACCAGAGCCUCCUAACCCUGCAGCCAAAUGUCCGAUCUACAGAUGGAACCUGCAGCACAAGUACAAUUACACGGAUGUCCUGCUGCUCAGUCAGUUCAUCAGGCCGGAUGGAGGCUUGUUGCCCAGGAGAGUCACUGGUCUCUGUCUUGAGGAACACCGCAAGAUCGCCAUCUGUGUUCAGAUGGCUCACAGAGCAGGUCUGCUCCCUGAUCACAAACCCAAACCUCCAGAGAACCGCAACCCAACUAAGCCCAGGCAACAACUGAACAGGUACCUGACUCCCUGGUCCAUUGACACGGUGAAACCCAUUUACAAAGUUGGACUAAAGUGGAGUAAAAGGCGCAUGGCUGUUGGCAGCCCAUUACUCAAGAACAAUGUGCGUUACGGGGUCAAGCACAUGAAUACCAAACACUGAAGGAGAGGAAGCCUGACGAAUCCGUGUAGCAACUGGACGAAAGAGGGUGGGAGUUCCAAGUAGAUCUUGCCCUGGGAAAAAGGCCUAAAAGCUUCACCCAUCUGUAUUUAUUCUACCUUUUUGUUUAUCAAGCUGCGUCACUCUUUGAAACGAAUCGUCCUCAGCCUCACCCAGAACCAUCUUUUCUGUUUCUGCUGGUGUACUCUCUGACAGCCUUAUGUGAGCAACAACUGGGUCAGUGUCACAGCUUCAAAGUAGGUGGUAUUUUCACUGUGUAUACUCAAAUGUGCAAAUAAAAUGUGUGUGUUUA